GUCUCUUACCUUGGUCAAUUCAGAAGACGAUACCCAUAUAACAUCGACUAAUAUUAAAACUAAAAAUCCCAAAACAAGCCGCUGAGUUUUAGUUAACAUGGGAUAGUCAUUUUCCAUACUACUGUAUUUUUCCAAUCUUUAAAAAAUUCCUUACUUCCGGGCAUAACUGAUAUUUACAAAAUAAUCCGUAGGACGUAGGAAGUACAUAUCAAUAGCAAACAAUUAUCGAUAAAAUAAACACUGCAUAUUACUUCGUCUUUAACCACAAUUUUUUAAUUUAAAUUGCAUAUAUUUUGUAUAGAAUAAAAAACAAUAGUUUUGAUUUUUCACAUUAAUAAUAGUUAAAUGUUAUUGAAUCAUUAUUUAGAAUGUUCAAGUUGAGCGAUCAUUAGCAUUUUUAAAAAAACUUAAAACAAAUAAUUGAUUUAUCAAAAAAUAGUAACCUACCAGUCACUGUCAAGUUCCGUCAAAAGUCAAAUCAACGUCAACAGUUACUAUGCAACCAGAAUUACAACAAAGUGUAAAGGUGGUGUAGGGAGUAGAACGCAUCAGAAACGCAUUUUUGAAAAAUGAUUUCAAAUGGUCAUUAUAAUUUUUCUGCAAAAACGGAUGUUUCAGGAAAGAGUGCACAAAAAAAUACGAACGAGAAAUUUGCAUCAUUAGAAAAAUUUAAUUGGCUAAUUCACCUACAACAUGUUACAGGGAGAAUUCAAGCUUGUAAAUCGCUAAUAAUUAAAGAAAUUGAAAGAAGUAAAGGAAAAAAUGAAUUUGCGCUUUACAAACAGGGUGAAAUUCUAAGAGAAGAAGGAAAAUUUCAAGAAUCUUUGGAAUCUUUUCAGGCCUGUUUGAGAUUAAAUCCUGGAAAGGCCGAUUAUUUGAAUGAAGUUGGAAAAUGCCUUUACGAAAUGCAAAGGUUCAAAUUAGCGAUGGAGGCUUAUCUCGAGGCAGAAAAGACCUCAAACAAUCCAGACUGGCAGAUUUAUUACUAUCUAGGGCAGUGCUUAUUGAAGUUGGGAGACGUAAACAAGGCUCAGGAAUAUGCUCAAAAAGCGAUCCAAGCUGGAAAACACGAAUUUUGUUACGAAUUUUUGAUUAAAAUUUUGUUGUUACAAGGAGACGUGAAAAACGCCGUUAUCGUGUCAAAUGCAGCUGUAGAAUUUUGCCCGGAUAGCGUUAAUAUGCUCACAGAAUCUGGAUUAUUGUUUCUGAAACUUGGACAGAAUGAACAUGCUUUUGAAAGAUUGAGUUCUGCUUUAGCUUUAGAACCUGCUCAUACAAAAGCAUUAUUGGCAAUUGGAUGCAUUAUUCAGCAACACGAGGAUUACGACGUAGCUUUAUCAAAGUACAAAAUGGCGAUCCAUUACCGACCAGAUUCGAUGGCAUUGUGGAAUAAUAUCGGUGUAUGUUUUUACGCUAAACAGAAGUACGUUGCGGCAAUAAGUUGUCUGAAACGAGCUUUAUGGUUACAACCUUUAAACUGGAGAGUUCUUUUCAACUUGGGACUUUGUCACUUGGCAACACUGCAACCGGCUUCCGCGUUUAACUACUCCUGUGCUGCGGUAAAUCUUCGACCAGAUAUGGCUGAUUGUUUUACUGUCUUGGGAGUUGCAUUACUGGAACUUAAGGACCCAGAUAACGCGGUGAAGGCGUUUCGGCUGGCGCUAAGCCUAUCAUCAGACGAUCUUUACAUUGUAGUCAACAUGGCCGUUUGUUGUUGGUUGAUAGGGUCAGACGAAGAAGCUAUAGGUCUGAUGGAACGUUACGAAAGGCUAAUUGAAAAUAAUGCUUUUUGUCCUGAAGAGUUAGCGACAUUGGCGGAACAACUAAUUCAUAAACUUAAGCGAAAGGAAAUUAAAGAUAAUGAAGAUCAUGCGGAAGUUACCAGUAAUGAUGAUAAAUCGGAGAUAGAUGAAAGUGGUAAUGAUGAAAAAAUUGAAAUUACCACCUAAGGAAGAUUAAACUACGGUUGAUUAAAUGUAUUAAUUUGUAUUUUGUUGGUUUAAAUAGAUAAAAAUAAAGAUAGG